AGAAACGUGUGAAGAGCUCGGUUUGAUUCAGCCUUCUACGUUACCGUAGACACUUCGGUAGACACGGCCCUCUUUUAAAGUUCCUGGGGGAAGAGUGGAGGGACCCGGACAAGCCGAAGGAAAGGGGCCAAGCUUGAGCAAGGGGAUACAUAUUUACACAUUAUUCACCCCCAGGAGGACUCGCGUAUAACCGAAGACAAGCUAAGGUGCAACACGGAAAACCAAGGUCUUGACUACCCGAGAACGUCAGAAAAUAAAGAAAAUGGCGGAGCCAGACAAAUUAAACAUCGACUCUAUAAUUCAGCGUCUCUUGGAAGUCAAGGGCUCUCGACCGGGGAAGAAUGUCCAACUGACAGAGGGUGAGAUCCGUGGCCUUUGCCUAAAGUCCCGUGAAAUCUUCCUGAGCCAGCCAAUCCUGCUUGAACUAGAAGCUCCCCUCAAAAUCUGUGGUGAUGUCCAUGGUCAGUACUAUGAUCUGCUCCGACUGUUUGAAUAUGGAGGCUUCCCCCCAGAAAGCAACUACCUGUUCCUGGGUGACUAUGUAGACCGAGGGAAGCAGUCACUGGAGACUAUCUGCCUGCUUCUAGCCUACAAGAUCAAAUAUCCAGAGAACUUUUUCCUGCUGCGUGGAAACCAUGAAUGCGCUUCUAUUAAUCGAAUCUAUGGCUUUUAUGACGAGUGUAAGCGACGGUAUAAUAUUAAGCUGUGGAAGACCUUCACAGACUGCUUCAACUGUUUACCUGUGGCUGCCAUUGUAGAUGAGAAAAUCUUCUGCUGUCAUGGAGGCCUCUCUCCUGAUCUUCAGACUAUGGAGCAGAUCCGCAGAGUAAUGCGACCCACAGACGUGCCUGACCAGGGUUUGUUGUGUGACCUGCUGUGGGCUGAUCCAGACAAAGAUGUGCUUGGCUGGGGUGAAAACGACCGUGGUGUCUCCUUCACAUUCGGGGCAGAUGUGGUUGCCAAGUUUUUGCAUAAACACGACAUGGACCUAAUAUGCAGAGCGCAUCAGGUGGUAGAAGACGGUUAUGAGUUUUUUGCAAAGAGGCAACUUGUCACCUUAUUCUCUGCUCCCAACUACUGUGGAGAGUUUGACAACGCCGGUGCCAUGAUGAGUGUGGAUGAGACACUCAUGUGCUCCUUCCAGAUUCUGAAGCCAGCAGAUAAGAAAUUGUAUCCUUAUGGCACAGGAGGAAUGGGAUCUGGGAGACCGGUCACCCCGCCGCGAAAUUCAGCCAAGGCCCCCAAGGCCAAGAAAUAACAGCCGCUGGAUCCCCCUCCCACAACCUGCCACCUUCCUCUCUGCCCAACACUUUAUUUUUUAAAUUUUUUUUCCCUCUCUACAUCCCCAGACUUGUUUUUCCCUUGUCACCAUACGGCGAGAAAGCAGAAAAGUGUCGGGUUCAAUCAUGUUUUUUUUCUCUAAAACAAUUUUUAACUGUUUGUUUGGCUGUUGGCGUGCUCUUUUUUUGUGUGUGAGAGUGUGUAAAGAAAGUGAGAAUGAUAGAGGAAAUUGCUGUAUUCUGUAUGUAUGUUUAUUUUUCUUCCUCCUGUACCCUCUGUUCUGUUUUCCUGUUGUAAAUAUGGGUUCUUGCUCAUCUGUGAUGUAAUGUCAAACCUGGGUGCAGGGGAGGAAGGGAAGGGGGGAGAGAGAAAGAGGAGCCUUAGCGGUUUAUGUUAAGGCCCUGCUGUUUAAUGCUAAACACAAACUUUUGUACGUGGUGUUUUAGAGGUCUGUGUGAUGGAUGGGUGGGGGGGAUGGGAUCAAGUUCCACGGUCAAAUGGUAACGGCACAUACCACACGCACUGGGCGCACAGGUGGAUAUAUGUGCAGGUGAAUCUUUGAAUGAAAUGAGAUCAUUUUUUUUUCUCUUCCCUUUCGAAAACCAAUGAUUUGAGAACGCAGUCAUGGAUGUGAAAUAGUUUCCCUUCUAUUUCUUUUCUUUUUCUUUUCUUCUUUUUCUUUCUUUUUUUUCUUUUUUUAGAUACAUGAAACUGACAUGAGUUCAUUUCCUUUUUUUUUUUUGUUUUUAGUUCACUAAAAGUUAAAGAUGAAUAAAAAUAACCAUUUAUUUGAGUCAUGCCAUCAUGCUGAUCACUUUGUGUUUGCCAUUGCUUUGUCAUGUUCGUCAGCAACCUUUGCCAUGCAUAGUGGCUACGCUUGUCUUUUGAGUGUGGAAUUGACCAUACAGCAGCUUAAAGAGAUGUCUUAUGAAUUGGACUCACCAAAAUGUAGAUGCUGGAAAGUGUAAAUUUGGGCCAGUUUAUACUUCAUUAAAACAAAGUGGCAUUUCACACGUUGCUAUAGUGUGAUAUAGCCAAAGAUGAUGAUCCGUGACUAGGAGAGGACAGUCGAAAGCUGGUCUCGGAACCAGAUGUUGCCCGUUUUAUCACAAAAAUAGAUAUUUGAUUAGAUAACUCUUCAAUUCAAAAUUUCUUUUUUUUUUUCUUCCCAAAUGAUUGUUGGAUGAAUAUGAAGUGCAGUUAGUUAAUGAACUUAGCAGGAAGAUUUACAGGGUCAACAAGUGAAUGGUUCUGUCACUGAGCUUGUGUUGUUCAAUGCCUCACAACACUCCAGAAUUUCUCACAUAUAAUACAGUAUCACCAUGUGCUAUUCAUGGUCCACAAGUAGACACCACUAUUUAUCUGGCAUUUAAUAUGUAGUGAACUUGAACAGAGUAUACUCUAGACGCCUACUGUACUGAGGAGGAAGUGGUUUAAAGGUUUUCCAUAUUCUGUGAUCAAAGGCAAAACUAUCAAAGGGGGAUGAGAUGGUGAAUCAUUGCUCUGACCUUUCCAGUUUGAAGUGCUCUGUUUAAGACCACUUCAGUUGAGUCUGUCAUAAAAACAAAGCGUGGGCUUAUUUUAAUUUAAACCCACACCGAAUGAGGGUUGCAUGGAAGCUAUAACUGGAGCACUAAACAGCUGUGUUUGGAUGAAACUAAGUAAUAGACAGUCCUUUAAACUUGAUGGGGAGUCAGAGCACAAAAUCAUUGUUUUACUAUAAACAUGAAAAUAUAUUUAAGGUAAUCAUGUACAUUAAAUUCCCAGUCAGUCUACUUUAACGUUUAGGUUGUGACAGGUAAUUCCCAGGUGAACAGUUACCACUGUAUAGAAAUUGGUAAAUAAUUUUGUAUGCUUCUGAUUGUGCUGUGUAAAUGAUGUGAGCAAGAUAAUUGCAAUUGCUUGUGACAGCAAUCCUCAUUCUGACUUGCUUUAUUUUAGCAGCUUACUGUUGAAAGAAGCAUAAAGAGCCAUAGACGGAGAGAAUCAAAUCAUUUAAAAAAAUAUAUAUAUAAAUGGAUCCUCUGCCAACUGUGAAACCCAAGACAUCACAGUCACGCUGACUGAAUUCAGAUUCAAAAAUAAACUUUUUGCUUGUU